UAGGCACAUGCGCUGUUCUUGUGCACUGGGCCGGUAUAUCAUGGCGACAUACGUGGAUAUUCUGAAGAGCGAGUUUCCCGAAAUAGACACCGAAGUGUUCGAAUAUAUUACGGGUGUGUUGGACUCUGGCGGGGCAGAUUUUGAGGAUGGAGAGGAGGUGUAUGAUGCGAUUGGAGGGUUGCUGCAAGGCUCCUCUGCUGACUGUAAAAAUGAGGACGAUAUUCGUGACAUCUGCCAGCUGAUGUUUGACACACUCAAACUGUCUAAUGGCCAUGCUGGUUCAAAGCAGGUGCUUCUUGAUGCCCCAGUGCAGUUGUCUCAAAUAUCUGCAGAGUCUGUGUCUGCCACUAAUGAUGUCCAGGGUAUCUGGAUGAUGAAAAGGGGACAAAAUACGACUGUGGAUGCAAGAAAACUAGAAAAGGCUGAAGCCAAGCUGAAGCAAAAGCAGGGGAGGAGGAAUGAACGCGACUCCCAGAAAACGACUAGUCCACUGGUCCUGGAGGAAGCGUCAGCCAGCCAGGCCAGCAGCAAGAAGGACAGUCGUGUUGACUUGUCUGGGAAGAAUCGCAGCUACGACAUCCGCAUCGAGAACUUUGAUGUGUCAUUUGGGGAGCGAUCCUUGCUGCAGGGGGCAGAGCUGUCACUGUCCACUGGCCGGCGCUAUGGCCUGAUUGGUCGUAAUGGUCUUGGGAAGACCACACUGCUAAAGAUGCUGGCUAGUCGCAGCCUGCGCGUCCCCGCCCACAUCACCAUCUUGCACGUGGAGCAGGAGGUUGCCGGCGAUGACACUGCGGCGCUGCAGAGCGUGCUGGAGAGUGACACGGUCCGCGAGGGGCUCCUGAAGGAGGAGCGCCUGCUCAAUGCACGCAUCGCCAAUGGGACUGCUGAAGGAAUGGAGACCGUUCGACUGUCUGAGAUCUAUGCCAAACUGGAGGAAAUUGAAGCAGACAAGGCGCCUGCCCGAGCUUCAAUCAUCCUAUGUGGUUUAGGGUUUACUCCCAAAAUGCAAACGCAGACAACCAAGGAGUUCUCUGGAGGGUGGAGAAUGAGAUUAGCUCUUGCCAGAGCCCUCUUUGCCAAGCCUGAUCUUCUUUUACUUGAUGAGCCUACCAACAUGUUGGAUGUCCGAGCCAUUCUUUGGCUGGAGAAUUACCUGCAGACCUGGCAGUCCACCAUCCUAGUGGUGUCACACGACCGGAACUUCCUCAACGCUGUGGUGACCGACAUCAUCCACCUGCACUCGCAGCGGCUGGAGAGUUAUCGUGGCGACUACGAGAACUUUGUCAAGACCAAAGAAGACCGUCUGAAGAACCAACAGAGAGAGUACGAGGCCCAGUUCCAGUACAGGGAGCACAUCCAGGUGUUCAUUGACCGGUUCAGAUACAAUGCCAACAGAGCAGCACAGGUGCAGAGCAAACUGAAGCUUUUAGAAAAACUGCCUGAACUCAAACCUCUGGAGAAAGAGACCGAAGUCACCUUAAAGUUCCCAGAUAACUUUGAGAAGCUGUCUCCCCCGGUGCUGCAGUUAGAUGAGGUGGAGUUCUACUAUACCCCUGACCAGCGCCUCUUCACAAAGCUGUCGGUGUCUGCAGACCUGGAGUCUCGCAUCUGCGUCGUGGGUGAGAACGGGGCAGGGAAAUCCACCAUGCUCAAGCUACUGAUGGGAGAGUUGACUCCUGUCAAUGGCAUUAGACAAGCCCAUCGGAACCUGAAGAUCGGUUACUUCAGUCAACACCAUGUGGAUCAACUGGACCUGAACGUGUGUUCAGUAGAACUGCUACUCAACAAAUUCCCAGGUCGGAAUGAGGAGGAGUACAGGCACCAGCUAGGUAGCUAUGGGAUCACAGGGGAGCUUGCCACGCGGCCGGUGGCCAGUCUUUCAGGAGGGCAGAAGAGUCGGGUGGCCUUUGCCCAGAUGACCAUGCCUUGCCCAAACUUUUAUAUACUUGAUGAGCCGACCAAUCACCUGGACAUGGAAACUAUUGAGGCUCUAGCAAAGGCGUUGAACAAAUUCAAAGGUGGGGUGGUCCUUGUCUCUCACGACGAGCGGCUGAUCCGGUUGGUGUGCAAAGAGCUGUGGGUCUGUGAGCACGGGAAUGUGCAGCGAGUCGAAGGGGGCUUUGAUGAGUACCGGGAUAUUUUGCAGGAACAGUUCCGUAAGGAGGGCUACCUGUGAGGGGGAACGCGAUCCUCCCAAAACUCCAUGCAACUCGCCCAUUAUGUCAACUAUAACAGCCCUGCCAAAUUGCCAAUUGACUUCAACCCCAAGUAGCCAGUCACAAUCGCCCCUCUACGUUGUGACUACCAGUCAUUGACCUCAGGCGGAGAAUUGAAUCUGUCUACUCUCCCAGCAUCCUCUCUUGCUCCCCUUCACCAUUGUUUUUGUUUUUUUUGCCCAGUUUUAGUUCAGUUUGGCAGUUUGAAGUUAAAGACUCUUUUCAGUUGUCCCGGAGCAAACAGGUUUUAGGCUAGGUAGAGUGCCACUUGGGAUGACAAAACGGUUCUACUUGCAGUAUUCACGAUUGUAAUGGUUGAAGCUGUUUUUGUUCAGUUAACAAAAGGUGGGAUUUUCCAUCCUGUGAUUGUGGAGGGAUUGUAACUACCUUAACGUGUGAAAUUCGUUUAGGCAGAUAUCUUGAGAUUAUGUUGCAUCCUUUUAUCUCUCAGUAAUAUCAGCAAAAAUAAUACGUAUCUACAUACUCACGCAAACGUGCGUGUGUCUCCCUCUCUCACAGAGGUUACAUUUUAACUGGUGUUCCUUAUGAGCGUGUACAUCUGUGACCAUUUUGGACACACUCCAGGUUUGUCAUCACCUGGCACCAAACGGCAGAAGACUAUCUGAAACCGGGAGUGACUACAUGGAUUGAACAAAAGCUUAUUUCUGUUUUCUGUUGCGUUCCCUAAUGCAGUGGAUCUUAAACCCCCCCAAGACUUUUCACAUUUUUGUGCAAGUCUUGAAUUAGCUCACCUGAUUCACUUAAUUGAGGGGCUUUGCAAUUAGUUGGCGCGUUGAAUCGGAUAUUGCAGCUCUGGAAUAGAUGGAAUACAUGAAACAUUGUCACAGAGGAGAGCUUUAAGAACCCCCCCCCCCCACCUUCAAAUGAACACUUCUGGAAACAUCCGUGUCGGCAUCGGAGUCCACAACUGGUGCAGCUGCUGGCUUCUGUUCUCUUUGGGGAAGUUGCUGCAUUUAACAAAGAGGGGUUUUAUUAUAAAUAUAAAAAAUUGUUAAAGAAAAAUUAAGAAUAAAAAAAAAUGAAAUUCCUUCUGCUUCUAUGUUACAUCUAACUUAAAAGUAGCUGUUUAACACCAUUCUAAUAAAAAAUCUUAAUUCA